AUGGCCUCUAGCCUUUCAUCAAUGUCCUCUCAGGCAUGCCCGUCGCCAAGAUGCGUCUUAUUCCACAAUGAAGACCGAUCCGUCUUCCUCAUCGACAUCCCCGCCUCGCUAGAGGGGAGCCAGUUCUUACCGGGCCAAGGUGCCGAGACAACAGGACAACCACCACAGAGACGGCUCCUCUCGGUUGACCCCGUUUCCGCACCAUUUACGCUACCAGAGCCCCGGGACCCCCAAACCAACAACCAGACGCCGGCCAGCCAGCUCGCAGACCUCAUGAUCGAGGCAGCGGUGAAGACUGCCCUCGACACGCUAAGACGGGGCUACGACGCGCCGUUUUGUCUCCCUCGUGUGAUGAGCAGCGGGAGCAGCAACGUCAGCAGCGGUCGUGAAAACAGCGCGAGCAGCCCGCAGGAUCAUCCCGCGCGCAAGGACGACAACGAUGCUGCCGCGGCUGCGGCGCACUUUAUCCCCCCAGAAUCUACGUAUCUGAACGGCUCGAUCCAGGAGACUAGAGAAUCCUUCCUUUCCACGGCGCCCAAGUUUGACCUCAUCAUCAUGGACCCUCCCUGGCCGAAUAAGUCCGCGAGGAGGAAGAAGAAGAAGACUGGCGGCUAUGCCACCGUCUACGGUCUCAAGGAGACGCGCGCGCUGCUGGAGCAGAUCCCCGUCGCCGCCCACCUCGCGGACGGCGGUCUCGUUGCGGUCUGGGUGACGAACAAGGCGACGCUGGUGGACUUGCUCACCUCGCCCAAGGGCGUCCUUGCAUCGUGGGGCCUCGAGGCCGCUGCCGAGUGGCAAUGGGUCAAGAUUACGUCGCAAGGCGAUCCCAUCUUUGACACGGAGUCUGCGUGGAGGAAACCUUGGGAGAGGCUGAUUAUUGCGAGGAAACGGGGUGACAAUAGAAAGGUGCCUGGAAGGGUCAUUGCUGCCGUCCCUGAUGUUCACUCGCGGAAGCCAAAUCUCCGUUGCAUGUUUGACGAUCUGCUGCCCCAAGGGCACCGCGGCCUCGAGGUGUUUGCACGUAAUCUGACUGCCGGGUGGUGGGGAUGGGGCAAUGAAGCUCUUCACUUUCAAGAGUCUCAUUACUGGGUCGCAUCAUCUGAAUCAAGGCAAAAUACGACUGAGAAACAUGAAUCCAAAGACACCAAAACCAAUUGA